GUGUCAGUGUUCCUUGGACGAGGGUGAGAGUAGGAGUACGCUGGCAAGGCAGCGAGCGAGGCUUGACUGGAGAGUGAGAACGACUGUCGCGUGCACUGUGAAAGAAAAUAAAACGAAAAAAAAAGAGAAACGGAGUGAGAUUUUAAAAAAAUACACACUAAAGAUGGAAAAUAAAGAUUGAAUAAUCAAGUAAACAAAGACAAAGAAAAGAAAAGAAAGACGCGUGCUUCCGGCUGCUCCUGAAGGCGGGACCAACGCUAUCAAGUCCUUGUCGUCCCGCGUCGCUCUCUGCCCGCGGGUCGUAGUGGCAACGACUCAGCAGCGACGACGACCACAGGCCCCGGACGACUAAGCGGCUCUCCAGCGAUGGGAGGAUUAGGGUCGUUCCUGCCGCUGUACGUGGUGGCGGCCGUGGUCGUGCUUGGCCCCGCCGCGACCCGCGCUGUGCCGCACCACCUCCACCGGACCUUCGCAGACGAGAGGCAAGCGGAGUACGUGGCCAGGCUCGGCGGGCACGAGGUGGUGACGCCCGUGCGAGUGGACAGCGACGGGCGGUUCCUGGGCCACCACCUCGACAACGCUCACGACCCGCCCUCAGCCCACGCCCGCAGCAAGAGGGCCGCCCACAUUCGCUCAGAUCACGAAGAGGUCCACUAUCUCAUCGCUCUCGACGGAGAGGAGCAUCAGGUGACCCUCCGCCCCAACGACCGCUUCCUGGCGCCCCACGCCGUGGUGGAACGAAGAAGGGGGCGCGGGCCUGCCUCUUUCCCAGGGGGCGCGCGGGAGCCUCCAAAGGGCGACCACGGCUUCGCCUCCUCUUCCCUCAGGGUCAUCGGGCACGAGCCCUCCUGCCACUACCACGGCUUCGUCAGGAACCACUCCGACUCCAGGGUCGCGAUCUCCGCCUGCAGGGGCCUGACUGGCUACGUACGCACAGACAAGGGCGAAUAUCUCAUAGAACCUGUACGUAAUCACGAUCGCACCGCCCACGACCCUCAUCCUCACCUCGUGUACAGGCGGUCCGCUCUGCCCAAUGAGGAUCGGGAACACCACUCCUGUGCUACGAAGGGGAGCUACGAGCGAGCUCUUCACGAAAGGGAGGAAUGGGAGGAGAGUCAGGAAGACGAGAAGACGAAGUGGAGGAGAAGAAGAAGGAGGAGGAGGAGCGUGAGCGUAGAGAGGAACGUGGAGGUGACUGUAGUGGCGGACAAGAAAAUGGUUGAUUACUAUUCAAAUGAAGACAUCAAUACAUAUAUACUCACCGUUAUGAAUAUGGUGUCCAGUGUAUACCGCGACGCCAGUCUUGGCAACGCUGUCAACAUGUACGUCGUCCGCAUUAUGUUGCUCGAGGACCCGCAGUAUGAGGAGGAGCUGGACAUCAGCCACAACGCCGACGACACCCUCAGGAGCUUCUGUCAGUGGCAGCAGAUGAUCAACCCCAGCAAUGAGACUCACCCUUACCAUCACGACGUGGCUGUGCUCAUCACCAGGUACAACAUCUGCAGCCGCAUGACCGAGAGAUGCUCCACGCUGGGAGUCGCUGAGAUUGCAGGCAUGUGUCAGCCUCUGCGCUCUUGCAACGUGAACGAGGACACAGGGCUGCAGAUUGCAUACACAAUCGCUCAUGAACUUGGCCACAACUUCGGCAUGAACCACGACGGGCCGCAGAACGGGUGUCAGGCGCAGUACGGAGUCAGCCAACACGUCAUGUCUCCCCACCUGACCAGCGAGCCUCUGCCAGUCACGUGGUCCAACUGCAGCCGGAAGGAGAUCACGCACUUCCUUGACCGCGACUGGGGCGCUUGCUUGGAGGACGAACCCCCCCAGGUGGAGUACAGCUUCCCCGAGCUCCCCCCUGGUGCCAUGUACGACGCCGACCACCAGUGCCGCUUGAGCUUCGGCGCCGGUGCCACCCACUGCGAAGGCAUUGAGGGCACCGAGAGGAUCUGCCAGACGCUGUGGUGCCACCUGGACAACCGCUGCAUCACGCGCAUGGAGCCGGCGGCUGAGGGGACCCACUGCGGGAAGCACAAGUGGUGCGUGAUGGGGCGCUGCGUGACCAUGGGCGAGCGUCCUGCGGCCAUCAACGGCGAGUGGGGGUCGUGGUCCAGCUGGUCGCAAUGCACGCGGUCCUGCGGCGCCGGCACGCAGAUGGCGGAGCGGCACUGCGACAACCCCGCGCCCGCCAACGGAGGCCGCUACUGCACGGGCGACCGCAAGCGCUACCGCAUCUGCAACACGGAGGACUGUCCCGAAAAUGGCGUGAGUUUCCGAGCACAACAGUGUUCCAAGUUCAACGCCGUGCCGUACAAGGGCGCCAACCAUACCUGGCAACCCGUCAUGCAGCAUCACACUCCGUGCGAGUUGCAAUGUAAACCCGACGAUGAAUUCUACAGCGUUAAAUUAGCCGAGGUUGUAGCGGACGGUACGCCUUGCAAACUCGGUACAAGGGAUAUGUGCAUUAACGGCAUGUGCAAGCGCGUGGCGUGCGACUGGACCAUCGAGGGGUCGGCGCAGAUGGACCGCUGCGGCCUCUGUCACGGCGACGGAACGCAGUGCAUCACGUACCGGGGCCUCUUCAACACGACGCGCGGCGUUGGCUACGUGCACGCGGCCACGUUCCCCGAGCAAGCCAGGAACGUCAAGAUAAGGGACGUGGACGACGCGGCCAACUACCUCGCCCUCAGAAACAACCUCACGGGAGAAUAUUUCCUCAACGGGAACUGGAUGAUUAAGUGGUCCGGAGAGUACUUUUACGAAGGGACGAUGGUCUACUACAACAGGGAAGGGGAAACGGAAGAGCUUUUCCUGCCGGGACCUCUCAAGAUUCCCUUCACGCUCCUGCUGUUGUUCCAGACAGAGAACCCGGGCGUGGAGUGGGAGUACACGUUGCCGAGGGAAAACGCAACCUAUAUCCCAUCUUUCGCCUGGAAGCACUCUGACUGGUCCGUGUGUACAGUGACCUGCGGAGGCGGCAAGCAGCUGUCGCGUGUGCAGUGCAUGGAGAAGGAGGCGGGCCUGGUGGAGGACCGCUACUGCCAGGACCAGCCGCGCCCCGACGACCGGUCCCGGAAGUGCAACAUCCACGCGUGCCCCGCCUGGUGGUGGUCGGGCCGCUGGCAGCCUUGUAGCAUCACCUGCGGCAGCGACCGAGGCACGCGCAGGAGGACCGUCAUCUGCGUCAGGUCCUUCGGCCCGACGGAGCAGAUGGCGCUGCUGGACUCUGACUGCGACAUAGGCGACAAGCCUCACGAGACUGAAGUUUGCCCUGAGCUGCCGCCCUGCCCCAAGAUGGUGGACUGGAGCGUCGGCCCCUGGAGCCAGUCCUGCUCGCUCGACCCGUGCGAGUAUGAGCAGCGAGAGGUUGCGUGCGUGGCGCCGGAAGGAAAAUGCGAUCCCUUCACUCGACCGGCAGAACGCCGACAAUGCGGUAACAUCACCUGCGGCCACUGGGACGUCGGGGACUGGUCCAAGUGCUCGGCGGAGUGCGGCGAGGGCGUCCAGUUCCGGCGGGUGACCUGCGUGGGGGGGCUGGCGUGUCGCGAGAAGGACGAGCCGAAGAGCGUCAGGGAGUGCGAGGGCGCCUGCCUUGAGCCGGAGGAGGAGACUCUGCCUGAAUACGAGUACGAGGGCACGAGGCUCGAGGACGACCUGACCGGGGAGACUCUGCCGGAGUAUGAGGCGGGCGAUAGCUGGAGGGGGACGACGCUGCCAGAAUAUACUCUGCCCGAAUAUACUGAAGUAGAACCGGUAACUCUGCCAGAGUAUGAGGAUAAAGAAAACAAGGGAGACGAAGGGGUAGAGAAAACAAAGGAGAAGGAGAUAUUUAAAGGAGAAGGGGAGGUAAGUGUGAAGGAAGAAAACGAGGCUAAGGAAAAAGAGGGUGUAGAACGAGAGGCAAAUGAAGGAAAUCAGGAUAAAGAAAAGGACAAGGAAAAGAAUAAGAACCAAGGGAAGGAGGAGGAAAGGUUAAUUGGAAAGAAAAGUGAAGAUGAAGAGGGUAAAGAAGAAGGACAAGAAACGGAGACAACUCCAGAGUAUGAGGAGGAAGAGUCAUUGCCGGAGUAUGAGGAUGAGAUGACCCUGAUGGAGUAUGAGGAGGAUUCGCCUCCCGAGACCCUGCCUGAAUAUAGCCAGGACAUAUCCACGGACGCCCCUCCCACUGUUCCCUCUACGUCGACCACUGCUGCCACAGUUCCUGCCGAAACGACAGCCACUGCCACGACUGCUGCUCCGUCCUCGACCUCCCCCGCUUCACCGUCCACCGCCACCACGAGCCUCGAGACUACUGAAGCUCUUCCUGAUGAACCUACAACUUCAGUCCAAACAACAGAGAGCACGAUGCCAACGACUUUGGCCUCCACUAGCACUCCUGAAGCCGCUCUGGGCUCUACUUUGGUACCAUCCGUCCAUCCGGUAACGACGAUGGAAACUGCAACAGCAACGACUGUGAAUGACCCAUCUACGUCUACUUUUGGGGAUGAAUUUAGUACACUAACCACACCUGCGUCUCAUCCAGCUACGAACAACCCUAACACAGAUGAAGAGAAACGCACUGAAGACGAUGCAACCAACAGUGGCGCCGAGGCGAGUUCCACGGACGUACCUACACUUUCUAAGGAUACAUUGACAACGCCAGAACCUACUGAAAUCUUCGAGGAGAGUGUUAUGGAGGGACAUCCAUCGCAAGAACCUUCUAUAAACGAAAUCGACACUGAGUCUAAACUGCCCUCGAGUGAGACUGAGGACGACUCAUCGAAAGCCCCCAAAAAACCGUCUUCUUUACCAUCCAAAGAAGAACUAGACAUCGUAGUCGAAAGUCCGGAAAAAACAAUUUCGAAGAAGACCAAGAAGCUCGACGGAGCUCCCGUCCCCUCAGGGGAAAAAGAGGACGCCGAGGCUGAAGUUACAGGACUGGAGGACACGACGGAUCUGGAAACGCCAACCGAGGGAGAAGAAGCAGUAGUAGUUGAGGAGCUAUCAUUGGUUGAAGAACCAACUGGUCUUGAAACGUCGACGUGGAUCGAAGAGCCAACCUUACUUGAUUCUGAAGCAGAGGAGGAAGAGGUAGAAAAGGAGGAAACUAUCGAAAAUGAAAAAGACGAAGAGGAAGAGGCCGUAAAACACGCAUCAGAUGACGAAGAGGAAGACGAAAUGAUAUCGGAAACAGAAGACAGCGAUGUUGACAAUGGGGACGAAGAGAGAAGACCCGAAGGCAUUGCUGUGGACAAGAUCGAUCCCAGUGACUUUGAAGUGAUCGAAAUCGUGGAAGUGCCAACCAAAGGGAAGAAGAAGAAGGACAAGAAGAAAGUGCUCAUCCACACCGGCGAGGAAGCGGUGGACGUUCUCCACAAGCUGGCCGAGGAGCAGAUGUCCAAGCACGCAGCCGCAACAACGACGACCCCCAGACCCCCGUCCUACCAGUGGCAAGCUGGUAAUUGGUCCGAGUGUAGCGUGGAGUGUGGAGGAGGCGUGAGUACCCGAACUGUGGAGUGCCGAGACCAGGUCACCGAAACCCUUGCAGAUCCACGUUUGUGUGACCUGUUUCCGCCCAUCGACUUGAAGUCCUGCAACACCGUGGAGUGCGCGGAUUGGGAGGUCGGGGCGUGGGGCGAGUGCGAGGGCGAGUGCGACCUCGGAGAGAGGCAGAGGGCCGUGUCGUGCCCUCAUGGAAGUCGCUGCUCCCCCGACGCGCGCCCGCCCGAGGCCGAGCCCUGUGAGCUCCGCCCCUGCGUCGCGUGGGUGGAGGGGCCCUGGAGCUUGUGCACCAAGUCGUGUGGAGGAGGCUAUCAGAUCCGCCACGUGAAGUGCGUAGACGUGCGGACACAGGAAAAGAUGCGAACGUGCAAUCGUGACUCCAAACCGAAGCAUAAAUUAGCUUGUAACAAGCACCGGUGCCCGAAGAACAGACGAGGUCAGCAGAAAAGGUGUCGUGACCGCCUGGACACCAAACUCUGCAAGCGACUCAAGCGGAUGUGUACCACCAAGUUCUUUGCGAUCAAAUGUUGUAGGACUUGUUUGGGAAGCCACUGAUGACGUCACGCUGUUGGUGAUGACAUUGCGCGAACGGAUUGAUGGCGUUCGUAGAUUCACCGGAUGGAGUCAGAUUCGAGG